GGGGCUGAGCCGCCGCCAUGGGGAAGCGGCAGCACCAGAAGGACAAGAUGUACAUCACGUGCGCGGAGUACACGCAGUUCUACGGGGGCAAGAAAGCAGACCUUCCACGAACUAAUUUUAGACGUUUAUCGUUUGAUCACUGCAGUUUGUCUCUACAGCCAUUUGAAUACCCAGUUUGCACUCCAGAUGGGACAGUCUUUGACAUACUGAGCAUUGUUCCUUGGAUAAAGAAAUAUGGAACCAAUCCAAUCACAGGAGAAAAACUAGAUGCCAAAUCACUUAUAAAGCUGAAUUUUGCUAAAAACAGUGAAGGUAAAUACCACUGUCCAGUGCUGUUUACUGUGUUCACCAACAACUCCCAUAUUGUGGCCAUCAAGACAACUGGAAAUGUGUUUGCCUAUGAGGCAGUUGAGCAGCUGAACAUAAAACCAAAGAGCUACAAGGAUCUUUUGACAGAUGAGCCCUUCACUCGGCAAGACAUUGUAACACUGCAGAAGAGCAUUGGGAAAAGACUGGGUAGAAGAAAGGUAAAGGAUCCAACAAACCUGGAUAAGUUCAAUGUCUCGAACUUCUUUCAUGUUAAGAACAACAUAAAAGUAAUUGAUCCAGAUGAAGAAAAAGCAAAAUUAGAUCCAUCUUACUAUUUGAAAAAUACAAAUACAGAGACCCGAGAGACUUUACUGGAGCUUUAUAAGGAAUUCAAAGGCGAUGAUAUUCUAGCAGCUACUAUGAAGGCUCCUGAAAAGAAGAAAGUGGAUAAGCUGAAUGCAGCUCACUAUUCCACUGGAGCAGUAAGUGCUUCCUUUACCUCCACUGCAAUGGUGCCUGAAACUACCCACGAAGCAGCUGCUAUUGAAGAAGAUGUUGUGAGAUACAAAUACGUGAAGAAGAAGGGCUAUGUGCGACUUCACACUAAUAAAGGAGACCUAAACUUGGAGCUGCACUGUGAUAUGACACCCCGAACAUGUGAAAACUUUAUCAAAUUGUGCAAGAAGAACUAUUAUGAUGGAACAAUUUUUCACAGAUCAAUUCGUAAUUUUGUGAUCCAAGGAGGUGAUCCGACUGGAACAGGAACAGGAGGAGAAUCUUACUGGGGAAAACCUUUCAAAGAUGAAUUUAAGCCCAAUUUGUCCCACACGGGACGUGGUGUUCUUAGUAUGGCCAAUUCGGGACCCAACACAAACAAAUCACAGUUCUUCAUCACAUUCCGCUCUUGUGCAUAUCUGGACAAGAAGCAUACAGUUUUUGGAAGGGUAGUUGGUGGCUUUGAGACUCUGACUGCUAUGGAGAAUGUGGAAAGUGACCCAAAAACAGACCGUCCCAAGGAGGAAAUACGAAUUCAGACAACAACCGUUUUUGUUGAUCCGUAUGAAGAGGCAGAUGCCCAGGUUGCUGCAGAAAGAGAGAAGGUCCAGCUAGAAGAAGAAGCAGCCAAAACAAAAGCUGAGGUGGUCCCACCAAAGAAAGAGGUCGAGGCUCCUAAAACUUACCGGCAGGGGAUUGGAAAAUACAUUAACAUGGCUGCAGCGAAGCGCAGCGUGGAAGACGACGGGCCCUCAACCAGCACAGCUGCGAAGAAAGAGAAAAAGAGCGCAGGCUUCGGGGACUUCAGCUCCUGGUAGCAGCACGGGGAGCCUAGCACUGGAGCAGCACAGCAAAAAAAGAAAAGGCGGCCUCCCACACAUCCCCGAAGAGCCUAAAAGACAGUCUGUCCUGGGGAGGGAAGGCACCAGCCUGCUCUUCCACUGGGGAAGAAAACUGUUGCUUUGUUAAGGCUGGUUAAUGUGGCUUUGUUUUCUAGAGAGCUGCAUUCCCCUCGCUGCAUCUUCCUCGAAGGCCUUUUUGUUGUUGCUUUGCUAAGCAGGGAGCAGGCAGCCCAGCUCCGCUGGGGAUUAGCUGGAGCCUUUCUCUGCUUGGCUGGCAGCAGACCAGGCAGAGCCCGGCCUUGCAGGACGCUACUUCAGUGAACAGCUACAUUGGUGAAAGAGCUCCUUUUACAGGUAAUUGUUUCCAGACGAGCCAAGUCUGCCAAAUGAAGGAAUAAAUUAAUGUGCUGGGGAAGCGUCUGCGCUGCUGUAGCGCCUUGCGGAGGGGAGGAGAGGGCUCCAGCCUGUGCUGCCCUUCCCUUCCAGCUUGAUCUCACCAAGGACCAAUUCUGUCUCUCGCUCUUUGCAGGCCUGCCUCCUGGCUGGACUGACUGCUGUCAGUCUCCGUAGGGCCUCUCAAAAUGAGCUCUCUCUGUACCCGUUUAAGUCUCUGCCAGCCUGGGAAGCAGCAAAUCUAGAUGGGGAGCCUGGGGAGCUGCACCACUUGUUCCUCCCAGUGGCUGGUCUUCCCAGAGCCGCUGAGCAGCCAGAGGGGCCAGGAUGCACCAGGUCAAAUCUGCCCUCAGGUCCCAGAAACUACAGCCUGGAGCAAUUGAGCAGGAAUAGAAACAACUUUUUUUUUUUUUUAACCAUCCCUAAAGCCAGCUCCUUGCAGGGGAACACACACUGUAGUCCUCCCUGACAUCAGUCCUCCCAUUGCUAGGGAAAACCAUAGCUGACAGGCGUCUCAGAUAUUUCCGUUGCAUACCCACAAAUUAUUAGGAAGCUUAAUAAAGGCCUUAUGAGGUAGAGAUAUAUGAGCCUGUGAAGUUUUAAUCCAAAAACAUAUGUGUGUUACCAUCCCUUAGACAUAGCAGGCUAGAUCCUGAACAUUACUUUUCAGUUCAUCUUGGUGUUUUCAGAUGACAGAAAUACCCUCCCUACCUCUCUAUGUGGCUGAGGAGAUAGUUUUGUAAUCAGCUUUGUAACAAUACAUUUAUAUUGGUGGUUUCAUGUUUUAAGAGAAGACUCCAUUUAUAUGAAAUUGCUGUAAAAACUUUUGGUAAAAUGUUUUGCAUUAAAUGCUUUUAUUUUCUCUUGA